GUAUUAUCACCUGCUCGUCAGUCAUACUGACUUCCUCGUUUGUUCUUACACCACAGUGAGCUGAAUCUUCCUACAUAACAUGACUCCUGUUUUGAUGAAAACGGAAAUUUGUGGCAAUUCAAUGAUGAGUUGUAAUUUAUACAUACGAUAUCAUUGCUUCUAUCAAUGAUUUAAGGUUAUUCAGUCAUUGAAAAUGAGCUGUCAACUUCUCAUGUGAUAACCAUAAGUUGUUAACGGUAAGUUGUGCUAAGGCGAGACAAGAACGUUAGUGGUUAUUCAAUAUGGGACUCUGGAUUUGGUAGGAUUACCUGCUCUUCUCUACCUAUAGCCAAGUCAUGAAGCCUAGUAUCUUUCGCACGAUUAACUGAAAAUAUUUCAUUCUUCAAUCACCAGAAACCACCAGGCCUUGCUUGAGUAUUUGAUCAAAUACCAAAACAAACUCCCUUUCAACAACUCAAAAUGUCUACUUCCGUAAUUUGUGACAAGGACUGGCUUUUUAGCGUGGCUGAAAUCCCUAUCCAUACCUACUAAUACCAGGAUCCAGCGGCCAGUGGAGAUGAGGCCCCUUAUAAGGACGAUUUGGGGUCAGACUAUCCUCAAAAUAUCAUCUAUGCGAGCUUCAAGUCGAAGAAGAUUCCCGAUAAGUUCAAGGAUCGUGUACAAAAGCUCGAACAGAUGAUGAAACUUACCCAACAAUAGUUGGACACCCAAGCCGGUAUUCAUGUAAAGGACCGAAAGAAGGAGGGCGAACUCCCAAAAAGCAUGGAUGAAGAUGCUCGGUCGAAGCGCUCCCUCUAUUGUUUCAAGGUCGUUGACCAUUAUUUGACUAACAUGACUACGUGGUUAUGUAACCCUCGCAGCGAGCUAUGCACCAAGCAUAUAGAAACAGAGAAGGCUGACUUCCAUAUACAGCUCAUUCAGAGGAUUCUCACCGGCCUCAUUGUGCCAACAUCGCUAUACACCGAACUAGAGAAGAUCUUCAAGUCGAUAUCGAAACCGUAACACAGACUCAAAAUACCAGCGAAAGUCAUGUCUUCUGGAGCUUGAUUCAAGUCUUCAUAUAUGAUAAAAUGAGGGAUGAGGUCCAAGCCAGUGAGCUCGCACAUAUGGCCUCGUUUCAUCUACAUGGCUAUUCAUGCCGACAUCACGACAGCUCUUAGAUGUGUUACCUACAACCUUACUCAAGAUAUGAGUGAAGUAGUUGUUGGCAAGGCCGGCUAUGAGAAGAUCGGUGUGUGUUUCCACUACAACUACGCCGACUACGAUUCCAACGAGGAGACUUGGAACGCUGUAGAGCCUAAAGUUGAUUUUUUCAUCCUCAUUCUUGGCAAAGUGCAGAUUUGUGACACUGUAAAAAUCCCGGUCUAAGAAAAAUUGCAUCAUUUGUAUACAACUCCACUUGAAGUUAGCAAUUAGUCUGUCGCAAAAAGAAUAUCUAUAGCUUUUAUUACUCUUCGCCUA